AUGAUUUAUAUAAAGAAAUUAGGAUAGUUUGGCUCAGUGUAUAUGUGUAAGAAUAAAAAGGAUGGUAAAUUGUAUGCUUUGAAAUGCAUCAUUAAAACAUAUAGUAGAAUAUCAUUUAGAAAAUCAUCUAAUAUAAGAGAAAACUGUUCUUGAACAAAUCCAAUUUCCUUUGAUGAUGAGAUUCUACAAAUCAAUGAAGGAUGAUAUAAAAGGCUUGGAACUUUUCAAUGAAAUUAGAGAUAUAGAAUUACUGAAUGUUUAUGAUUCAUAAUUUUAUGUUUCCUCCUUAUUACUUUGUAUGGAAUAUCUGCAUACUCUCCACAUUGUUUACAGAGACAUUAAACUAGAAAAUUUGAUGGUAGAUCAUAAUGGAUUUAUUCAUUUGAUUGAUAUGGGGACAGCCAAAAUUUUCAAAGGGAAGGGUUGCGCAUUUACUAUAAUCGGUAAUCCUCAUUACAUGAUUCCAGAAAUUUUAAAUGUAUAAGGUAUUAUAAUUAUAAUGCAUUAGGGUUAUUCAUAUUUAGUGUAUCGGAAUCUGUCUGUAUGAAUUUAUGUGUGGAGGAGUUCCUUUUGCUGAAGAUGCAGAAGACCCAUAUGAAAUAUAUGAGGAAAUUACAAGGAAACAAAUUUCAUAUCAAAAUCAUUUUAAAAAUAGAAAGGCUAAAAAAAUUUAUCGAUUAGUUAUUAAAUAGAACCCCAUAAAUUCGUAUAGAAGGUAAUUAUGCAGCUUUGAAGGCUAACACUUGGUUUAAUGGAUUGGUUUAGGUAUUUGUGAUACAACUUAAGAAGAUAUAGUUUUAUAUACUAUUAAAUUAAUAUUCUAAGUGUUUUUCUAUUUUCAUUAAGUUUUGCUAAUUUUAAUGUACUAUAAUAUAGGAUAAACUGACGGAUAAAGAGUUGAAGCCUCCUUAAUUCCACCUAAGGAUAGGCUAAUUUGGGACAAAGAAAUUGUAACAAUUGAGAAGUAAAAUAAGAUCAUAUAGAGUGAAAUCAAGAUUGUAAGAUAUGAGAUAAGGUUUAGGAUAUUAGAGAGAAAAAUUUAUAUAAGAAGGAAUUAGUAAAAGAUCUUUAUUGGGAUGA